AUGAACGCUGUGCUUUCUCUGCUGGAUGACACAGUCUACGUCCUUUUAGCCAUCACCACAGUACUGCUCUGCGCGGUAGCCUUUGGUCUCAGUCGUAAUUUCUACCGUGAAGCAUUGCGUGCGCAGGCACGAUCGCUAUUGCGCCGCGAAGAUGCGUUGACCCAUAAGCAGCAAAGUUUCCUGUUGUCGAUGCAGGCCGAAGAAAAGGUCGAGGCGGUACUGCGCAAGGCGGGGUGGACGGACGUUUUUCUGCGUCGGCGUGUGGCUGUCGCACGCAUCGGACACAACCGCGAAAUCGACGUCGUCGCGGUCGGCCCUAUCAUCCUCGUCGUAGAGGUGAAGAAUUGGCAGGGCUUUGUGUGGAGCAAUGGUCCGCGGUGGUACCAGUGCCGCAAUCGCAAACGGCUGGACACGCUCGAGUUUGAGGAUGUCCAGGAGGACAAUGUGGAGAAGGCCGCUGCGCUGCGCCGCUACAUUGAAAACGCGCGUCGUGUUGAGCUUCCAGACUCGCAUCUCGUUCAAUCAGAUGCGGCUUUCCUUCGUCACGACACGGGCACCGACGGCAAGCGAGCCACAUGGUACUCGGACAAGCACAUUCACAAGGUGUGCGGUAAGUGUGUCGUUCCCGUCGUCGUGUUCACCCAUCCGAAUGUCAAGCUGGACCCCGCGACAGUCAACGCGAAGAAGUACGUUUUCACCCUCGAAUCAUUUGGCACCUUUGCCUCGCAUGCUAUUCACGGUAACGUAGACUUGGAGGCGUUGAACAGCGGCGCAACGGCGUCGCGGUGGUCGCUCUGGCGUCCGUUCACGCGAAUCCCUCGCCCCUUAGCAACCUCCUCCACCUCUACUGCCGUCUUCCUCACGGACGAACAGCAAGCAAACGUAGCUGGAGUCGUGGACGUGCUGCGUACGUGGGAUUUAGUGUACCUGCUCGACCGCCGUCUCCUCACAGGUGACCUUCAGAUGAUCGAUGUACCCAGUGCGUUCUGCAUGUACAACCGCCAGCACCUCCUUGAGAUUAACGUGCGGUGGAACCGCGGAGCAAUUGGCUUAGUGAAGACGUUGCUCACCAACAGCGUUGGCACUGUUGAGCUUGUCCUGACGACGGCGAAGCGACUGGCGAAGAAGCGCAAGGAGAAGAAGCCGCGCAACGCCCAUGGUAACAUUGUCUUCCCUAUGAAGCCGACAAAGAAAAAGGAGAACGGCUACCUGGUGAUGAAGAUGGCAGGCACGGGAAAGCUGGAGGUGGUGCUCCUGUGCGAUGUGGAUCGCAUUUCACUGAGCCGUCAUUUGUACGAGAGUGAGAAGCAGCUGGAGUAA